UCCAGCCCACGUCAGAUAGACCAAAUGGCGAUAGCUUACAACAGUGUUUCGAGAAGAUUUUAGGUGAUCCGCGGAUGUGAGGCUCUCCUUGGCCGAGAAAAGUCCAGAUCACUCAACCGUUUCAUCGACGCUGGACCAGUAACAGCAAUUUCUUUGCUACGGCAAAGUCAUAAAGGUCAUAAACCACGGGCGUAUGGACAGUUCUUCUAAGCUAUUGGCUCAUUCUGACUGCGAUGUCGGCGGUUGAUCUCCCAGGAUAUUACUAUGGAAAAGAAGAAGUACUUCAAGAUCGAGCAGAAUCAUCUCGUCCCGAAAUACGACAAAUAUUCGAAAGGUUCUGUACUAGCAGGAGAGCGACUACGAUUGAAGCGAAAGCGCGAGGAUACCAAAGCAUCGAGACUACAGCAAGAACGGAUUCAGAGACCAGAGGCUAUGCUCUCCACCAUUUCAGGCCAUGUAUCUCAGCUGAACUACGGGUUUACCAAUGCACGCAGCCGAACUUACUCGUAUCGCUCGGUCUUCGCCUUAGGAUUAGAGAAAUUCACAACGACCGGAGCUGCUCACACUAUCCGCGACUUUUUCAAUAUGACUGAACAUGGCAUAGUAGUGAAGGCUCUUGACAGUAGAGGUCUUCACUUCUCGCAAGCUGAUGACAUCGUGUGGAUGAACGAGGACGGCAGGUGCUCCAGAACACCAAAGAUCGUGCAGCGGGAGCGCAAAAGCGUUGAGCAAUCAACUUUUCUCACUGCCGGAUAUGAUGUAUCACACCUGGAUUAUCACGCAGGCUCAGGGUUCAUGUCAGCUGUCAGCCACAAGGAUGAUACUCACGCGCAGCUGACCAUUGACCGGUUCGCCAAUUGUGCCUUCUCAAACCUCCCACAAAGUACUUUGGCAAUACACUACGAGGUCCGAGAUACCACCCUUUGGAAAGGUGUUUUCUGCCCAUCAGACGAUGCCCCAAUGUUGGCUCUUGCAACCUCGCGCGGUCUCCGAAUAUUGCGAAGGCAUAAUGAAGACUACAUACACAUGAAUCACCCAGAUACAAAAGAGAUUGUGAAUCUUAUGUGGUGUGAUCAGAACAUACUCGCGCUAGCGACACGAAAUGGUGUCAUCAAUCUCUACGACACGCGUACAUCCGCAGAUACCUCGUUGUCGAUAGUGACUAGCAGAGGCAUCGCGGCGAUGGAGUCCGGCGACGAUCCAUAUCGCUUGGUGGCCGCCGGGCUAGGUGGUUCACUAUGCUUAUACGACGUUCGUAGCGCAUGUCGCUCUGAAUCCUCCAGAGGUAAACGACCUGAAGCUACGAAAUCAGCCGUAGAAUUUGAAGGCUACGAGAACAACCAGUGGCCUUGCACGGGCUUGGCAACACGUAAGGAACUUGAUGUGGUAGCUGCUGGAAAUGGCGACGGAAAGCUCCUAAUAUGGUCCAUGAAGACUGGUCAGAAGCUCCGGGUAUUUGACACGGGGGUCAAGCAGCUACCAGCCGUAAGAUGGCACGAUGAAAAUGGAAAUACCGAGAUAUGGGCUGCCACAGGGUGCUCUCUCACCAAGUUUGCAUGGCAUGUCUGAAGCAGCUCCUAGUGUUUUAAUGUGCCCAUAAGUCAAAUUUCUGUAGCGUC